CCCCCAGCGUCCUUCUGGAGCCCCUGGAGCGGGGCGAGGGCGAAGACGGGGCUGAGUGGGGCCGGAACCAUGAACCGGAGUUUCCACAAGUCUCAGACCCUGCGCUUCUACGACUGCAGCGCGGUGGAAGUCAAGAGCAAGUUUGGGGCUGAGUUCCGGAGGUUCUCCUUAGACCGUCAAAAGCCUGGGAAGUUCGAGGACUUCUACCAGCUGGUUGUGCACACCCACCACAUCGCCAACACCGAAGUGACCAUUGGCUACGCAGACAUGCACGGCGACCUGCUGCCCAUCAACAACGACGACAACUUCUGCAAGGCAGUCUCAAGUGCGAACCCCCUGCUCAGGGUCUUCAUCCAAAAACGAGAGGAGGCCGAGCACGGCCUGGCCACCGGCUCGCUGUCGCGGCGCAAGAAGGCGCUGGCGUUGCGGGAGGAGGGGCCCCGCCGGCGCCCGCACCUGCACAUCGGGCUCCCGCACGACUUCCGGCCGGUGUCCUCCAUCAUCGACGUGGACAUCCUGCCCGAGACGCACCGGCGCGUGCGGCUGUACCGGCACGGCUGCCAGAAGCCGCUGGGCUUCUACAUCCGCGACGGCACGAGCGUGCGGGUGGCGCCGCAGGGGCUGGAGAAGGUGCCGGGCAUCUUCAUCUCGCGCAUGGUGCCCGGCGGCCUGGCCGAGAGCACGGGGCUCCUGGCGGUGGACGACGAGGUGCUGGAGGUGAACGGCAUCGAGGUGGCGGGGAAGACGCUGGACCAGGUGACGGACAUGAUGAUCGCCAACAGCCACAACCUCAUCGUCACGGUCAAGCCGGCCAACCAGCGGAACAACGUGCUGCGCGGCGGCCGCGCGUCCGGCAGCUCGGAUCCUUCUGGUGGACGGGACGCUGUGAAGAAGGUACGUGUGGAGAAGGUAGAGACUGGUUUUUAA